GUGCACAAAUUUAUAGCGUCUUUUUGAGUAAUUUUGUGCAGCAUACGCUUGCUUGUGCUUAAACGAAAUAAGAUCAAUUUUAACAUCGAAUUUAUAUGUUAAAGUAGCCUAACACAAGAUGGGAGAUCAUAAAACGCUGUUCAAAUCGCAAUCGAUUGCACUAAGUCCUGUCAAUCACAAUAAGAUCAACCGGGAACGUCAGCGCGUCGCACGAACAAAAAAGCGCGAAGAAUGCUUUCAAAAUAAUCGCGUCAUUGAUGUGAGUCCAACGCCAAUGAAAAAGUUUCCAGCAAUGCCAGCGCAGUCUCAAUCGAUUGCCGGCCAAGAAAAUGUCAAUCCGCAGACAUUUGCGUCACGCAAAGAGCUUUAUAUGCAGCGUUUUAUGAAAUGGAAGGCGGAAAAUCGGGAGAAGCGGGAGAAGCAGCUGGCAAAAGCACAAAAGCUGCAUCAGCCACAGGAUGCAGCGGCAGCAGCAGCAGCACCAGCUGUAUUUCCGCCACAAAAACGACGCUCAUUAUACAUUGUUAUAGAUCCGAAAACAAGCAAGUCGACGGAUAUAAAAAGAUUGCCUGUGGCGCCAUCUGUUGGUAAAGCCAUAACAUUGCAACAAGCGCCAGCAGCGAAGCAAGCAACUGGAGGAGCAGUGAAACCGAAGGCGACUACGACUGCUGUGAAGCAGCCAGCUCCAGCUGCAGCGAAACAACCUCCUCCAGCUGUAGUGAAGCAACCUCCUUCAGCUACAGUGAAACAGCCUCCUCCAGCUGAAGCUAAGUCCACUUCUGGAGCUGUACUAAAGCCAAAGACUCCAACGACUGCAGUAACGCCGGCAGCUCCUCCAAAGAAGCCCCCCUCGCAGCCUACAUCCUUCAAACGUGUGGCAGCAACUGCAGCUGCAGCUCUGGCCAUUCAAAAACCCACAACGAGUGCCAAAAAACCAGAAACCAAACAACCAGCGACUGCUACAAAAUCUGUGCCUGUCAAGCCUACAACAGCUUCUUCUGCCGUCAAGCCGCAUUCAAGCACAGCAGCAAAAACAACUCGGCCUAGGAAUUUAAUGACACAACCUUUUGAUAGACCGGCAAACGCUGCCAAGAUUGUCAAACCUAUACGAGCAGGCGGCGCUCCAGGAAAAUUCAAGUCGACAGCGCCACAAAAAUCCACAAAAGCUUUAGGAAUGUCGGAUCAUUCAAGGGUCAUAAAGCUCAAGAAAGCAGCUCCAACGCACAGCAAACAAAAGUUAAUGGAUAAAAUGCCAAAUCUGAAGAAGGAGCUGCUGCAAAUCGCCACGGAUGAACCGCUGCCUGAAACGCCUAUCGAUGCGGAGAGCAACGAGAAUCCCUUCCAGGCCCAGGCCACAUCCACACAUUGCAAGGGCAACAGUUGCAGCGAGGAUCUGCUGGAGGCUUACCGGGAUUUGACCAAGCUUAGUCCAGUCAUGUGCACUGCAACUCCUAAAACUGUUGGUUCAACCGUCAAAAGGCAAUUGAUUCCUCCCCCCGCAGAGGCAGAGGCGGAAUCCAAGCAGAAACCUAAAUUCAAUUUUGUGCGCUACUCGGAGGGAUUUGCGAUGUUGGACUCACCAACAUCUCCGGCGGAAGAAACCGUGAUUCCGGCAGCAACAGCAGCAGCAGUUGAGGACAAGACAAUGCUGCCACAGACGCCGCCACAGAGUUCCUCCAACAGCAAGACGACCAACUAUCUGAGUCCAUUUGUGAGCGUUUCGCGUGGCAAGGUGAACUCGCAGACGGAGCGCAGGAAGCGGGACAGCAUGUACCUGCAGGAUGAGGGAGCCAAGGAAGCAGAGACGCCUGUUGCCCUGCGUCGCACUCUGGAUGCCGUGAAUUACUUCCGGUUGCAGCUGCAGAAUGAAAUACAGCGACUUCAUUCACUCUGCGAUGAGUGGAAUUUGUAUUCCAAGGAGAAUGAAGCGAUGCUCGUGGAGACUGGGGGCAAGGAUAUGAUUGAUGCGGCCAUUGGACAGACCAAGCUGUUGACUAGCAAGAAACUAAUGCAGUUCAGCAGUCUCAUUGAUCGCUGUGAGUCGGGAGCCACUGGCGUGGGAUUACGUCCAAACGAUGGCAGUGAGGAGACCAAACCAGUGUUGGCCGAGGAUCUGCAGGGCUGGUGGGAUAUGAUCAAUUUGCAGAGUGAUAAUGUGGACAAGCGCUUUGCUAACCUGGGUCGCUGGAGAGCCAAUGAGUGGCAGGAUCCAGAUGCGUUGGAGAAACCAAAACCCAAAGUCAAAGUGACAGCGAAGGGAUCAAAGGCGCCCAAGACAAAGCCAGCCGCCAAGGCGAGCAGCAAUUUAAGAAGCUUUCUACGCAAGGCAAAGGCAGAGCAGCGAAAGAAUCAGGAGGAGCAAGAUAAGCAACUGACUGACUCACCCACACGUCGUAUUAUUGUGGUACGCGAUCGCAAGUCUUUCUCACCCGCACGGACUGUGCUUCGUCUGUCUAUUGGCAGCGGCAGUCGUCCGUCUAUGGCAGGAAAUGGCUUAUUGAAAUCCGCAAUUAUGGGUGCAGCUGAGCAGAAGUCACGACAGCAGACGCCUCCAGCUUCCUCGUCCGUCACUGAGACUCCCAGGCGCAUGUCCAUUUUGAAGACGCCAGGAACCAAGAAACGCGAACCCAGCACAACUCGUGGUGUUAUGUUUAGUGCCAAGAAAAGUGUGCGUCGUUUUCAGUUUGCCGUCGAGGAAGGCAAUAUAAGCGGAGAUGAUGAUGUGCUUGGCAUUGACAAGCUGGAGGACUGUGAGGAGGACAUGUCAUUGGAGAAGAACUCAUCCCAAACUAAUAAAACAGUUCAAGCAGCUAUUGAUAAUGAGAAAACACCGGAGCAUAUGUUACGCACAUGUCAAUUGCGAAGUCGUAAAGUGAGAAUUAGGCCGUCACAUGAGUUUAUGUAGUUUUAAAUAAUUUACAAUUAAUAUUAAUUGAUUACUUAAUUGUCAUUUGUAUCUUUCUUAAUGUAGAAAAGUUUGCUGUUUUAUUCUGUUACUUAAAUUUAUUUUGGAAAAUUAUCUGAAGUAGUAUCUAAUUUCUAUGUUUGUAAGCUUAAAUUGUUUCAUAAUAAAGUAUAAAAUUAAAAGGCGUCAAGUUCAAA